ACACCCAGAAUGCCAGCAGCCAAGGGUUCCAGUGAAACUAAGGGGAGCACGGUUUGUGCGUGAGAGCUGGCCGACCCUGCCACUCUCCCCAGUGGGCGGGAGGUUCACUGGGGCCCACAGGGUGGGUGGCCCCUCCUGCCAGCUGGGGCACCUCAGCUCAGCCCAGAACAGCGGUGCCAGGGCAUAACCCAGUUCUCAAACUAAGAGGCCCAACUUUGGGCCCAGAAUUCUCUGAGGCUUGUUGGCUGUUUGGCAGUCAACAUGGAUCACCGAAGCCGACUUCGGGGCACAGGCCCUAGCCGAAUCCCUAGGUCUCAGUACCGACCCCCUCGGGCCCCACUCUCCUUUCACGUGGAGCAGGAGGCUAGGGAAGGGGAAGAAUGGGAACGACAGCAACUUCGUCAAAGGACUCCUGCAAACGGAGUGUCCGAAAGUGAAGACUUGCCAGACAGCGUGAUGGCAGGAGCUGUGCGGGGCUGGGAGGCAGAGGAGAGGCCCCGAACUCGCGAAGAAGAGUGCCACUUCUACGCGGGUGGACAAGUGUACCCAGGGGAGACGUCCAGGGUUUCGGCCGCUGAUCACUCCCUGCACCUCAGCAAAGCCAAGAUUUCCAAGCCAGCACCUUACUGGGAAGGAACAGCUGUGAUAAAUGGAGAGUUCCAGGAGCUCAAGCUAACGGACUACCAUGGGAAAUACCUGGUGUUUUUCUUCUAUCCACUUGAUUUCACUUUCGUUUGUCCAACUGAAAUCAUCGCCUUUGGUGACAGAAUUGAAGAAUUCAGAUCGAUCAACACUGAAGUGGUAGCAUGCUCUGUCGAUUCACAGUUUACCCAUUUGGCCUGGAUUAAUACCCCUCGAAGACAAGGAGGACUUGGGCCCAUAAAGAUUCCACUUCUGUCAGAUCUGAAUCAUCAGAUCUCAAAGGACUAUGGCGUAUAUCUGGAGGACUCUGGCCACACUCUUAGAGGCCUUUUCAUCAUAGAUGACAAGGGGAUACUAAGACAAAUCACCCUGAAUGACCUCCCUGUAGGAAGAUCAGUGGAUGAGACUUUGCGUUUGGUUCAAGCAUUCCAGUACACGGACAGACACGGAGAAGUCUGUCCUGCUGGUUGGAAACCAGGUAGUGAAACAAUCAAACCUCAAGAUGUCAUGAAAGCCUGGUGGCCAAGAGAAGACCUGUAAAUAAUUCCAGAUCCAGCAGGAAAACUGAAGUAUUUUGACAAAGUCAACUGAAAAAUACUUCCUCAUGUUCCAUUCUUGAAAGUUCUCAGUAAAGCUCACUGUUUUACUGCCAUAUUGUGUUAUACUAGUAAUUUCUUGGAGAAUAUAAAACUUCAUGUCAGGUCAUGGGGUGCUGGGUGGCUCAAUCGGUUAAGCGUCCAACUCCAGCUCAGGUCAUGGUCUCACAGUCUGUGGGUUCAGUGCCCCCAGGGGACAUGCUAAGGUUCACGGAUGUGUUGGUUGUCAACUGUGGGAGUGCCACUGGGUUCUGGUGGGUAGGGGCCAGGAGUAGGGCUAAACAUCCUACAAUGCAUGGGACAGCCUGCAAAUUCUCUGGCCUGAAACGUCAAUAGUAGUGAGGUUAGGAGACCCUUCUCUAGAGAAGGCUGCCAAGUGAUUAAAGAAAGGAGACCAGCGUAGCUUAGUAGCUCUGCCUUGGCGGCAGGAAAAGAGAACAUGGCCACAUAGCUUAUCCAAAAUAAUAAGUCAAGAGGUAACUUCAAGUUUGUAUGAAAUACACUAGGCAAGGACUUUUCAGAGCACUAAUACAUAGAUUACAUCUGUAA